UGACAAGAUGGGGUAGAUGGACUUUGAAAAGUCAAAUAGGUUCCCAGACCUCAUGUUUCCAAACAAUAACAACAAAAAUCAAAUCUGCAUGUUGGUCAGAAACAGAAGUUUGGUAGUCACAAAGGAAACAGACAGUGCAAGAUCUCGUAGCAUGCCAAUGUCGCCAUCUGAUUUCCUGGAUAAAUUAAUGGGUAGGAUGUCAGGCUAUGAUGCAAGAAUCAGACCAAAUUUCAAAGGCCCUCCAGUUAAUGUCACAUGUAACAUAUUUAUAAACAGCUUUGGAUCCAUUGCAGAGACAACCAUGGAUUACCGAGUGAAUAUCUUUCUCCGUCAGAAUUGGAAUGAUCCACGCCUUGCAUAUAGCGAAUAUCCAGAUGACUCUUUGGAUUUAGAUCCAUCCAUGUUAGAUUCUAUUUGGAAACCUGAUUUGUUCUUUGCUAAUGAAAAAGGUGCCAACUUUCAUGAAGUUACAACAGACAACAAGUUGUUACGAAUUUUCAAAAAUGGAAAUGUUCUUUAUUCUAUCAGAUUGACUUUAAUACUGUCCUGUCCAAUGGAUCUCAAAAACUUCCCAAUGGAUGUGCAAACAUGUAUAAUGCAGCUGGAAAGUUUUGGAUAUACAAUGAACGAUCUCAUUUUUGAAUGGCAAGAAAAGGGAGCUGUACAGGUAGCAGAAGGGCUCACUCUGCCACAAUUUCUGUUGAAAGAAGAGAAAGAUUUAUGUUAUUGCACCAAACAUUACAAUACAGGAAAGUUUACAUGCAUUGAAGUCCGAUUCCACCUUGAAAGGCAAAUGGGUUAUUAUCUCAUUCAAAUGUACAUACCGAGUCUCCUGAUUGUCAUUCUCUCCUGGGUGUCGUUUUGGAUCAAUAUGGAUGCAGCACCAGCCAGAGUGGCUUUAGGUAUAACAACUGUACUGACCAUGACAACACAAAGUUCAGGUUCACGAGCAUCACUUCCAAAGGUUUCAUAUGUGAAAGCUAUCGACAUUUGGAUGGCAGUAUGCCUGCUCUUUGUAUUUUCUGCACUUCUGGAGUAUGCAGCUGUAAAUUUUGUGUCAAGGCAGCAUAAAGAGCUUCUGAGAUUCCGCCGGAAGAGGAAGAAGAACAAGGACGAUGAGGUAAGGGAGAGUCGAUUCAGUUUUACAGCCUAUGGAAUGGGACCAUGUCUACAAGCAAAAGACGGAGUGACUCCAAAGGGGCCAAAUAAUCCCAUCCAAGCUGCACCAAAAAGCCUCGAUGAAAUGAGGAAGGUAUUCAUUGACCGAGCCAAGAAAAUUGAUACCAUUUCCAGAGCUUGCUUCCCAUUAGCCUUUCUGAUUUUCAACAUUUUUUAUUGGGUUAUCUAUAAAAUCAUUAGGCAUGAGGACAUUCACCAAUAACAAGAUUAAGGCUUGUUGUACAAACUGUUGGGGCUGGCAUGUUCAGCAAGAGGUUUUCCAUUACAAAUGAGCAUACAGAUGCUUACUGGGAUAGUUAAAAGGCACAAAGAAAAAGAUCCCAUUUGACUUGCUAUGCAGAGUCACUAUUGGACAGAUGACAAAUGACACCCAGUGAAGGUAUAUCUGCUAUUACUAAGUUUCUACUUCAUACUAACUAAACAAUCAACUUUUUCAUAGUAAAAAUCACAACACUAUACUACAGCUUUACUGCCAACGUGUUUAUACAUACUUUUACAUUGUGGUACAAUUGUACAGUAUUCUUUAAAGUUCCUUACAAUUUUUUAAUUCAACUGUAUUUUUUAAAAAAAAAUUACAAAAAUGGGUCUAAUGUCUUAGAUGACUCCCAGAGUAACAGAUUAAAGGAGGGUCAGAAAUUUGAAUAUAAAGUUUACAAAAUGAGUAAUGAAUUACUGAUUUGAGUUUUAGAGCUCAAGCACAUUGGGUUUUAUCAAGAGCACAGGACACAUUACGUUCUUUAAAAAAAAAAGAAAAAGAAAAGAAAAAAACAAAUUUACUCAUACAAAGCACUUCAUAAAUUGAUUAUGGUUCCCCUGGAGCUUAAAAAACAUGGCAAUGUAAUACGCAAAGUAGCACCAAAUAUCUAUUGCCCAGUCUGAAGCGACCCACUAGUCAAACUUUCUGGUACUGUGCAUAUCACAAUGGGAACAAGGUACUGUUUUUAAAGGAUUGUUGCCCUUAAGUACUUUUAAUUACUCACAAUCACCCUUGGGUAAAUUGAAAGAGAAAAUAAAAAAAAAUCACAACAAUAAAAAGAUGUUUCUCUCAUCAGGUAAAUGUUCAGAAACCACAGUAUUUGUGGAGACAAGCCAGACAAUUAAAAAUGACAUCAAAAUAAGUUUGUGAAAAGUGACAUUAAAAACAAAACAAAAGGGAUAAGUCAC